UAUGAUAAGGUUGAUAAACAGUUUAAAAAAUGUUUCUUUAGUUCUUAUUUCAAAUUUGUGUAUUAAUUCUUGAAGAUAGUUGCUAUUUUGAUUUAAAACAUUCAGUGGAACAAAUGGCAUCAGUUGAAUCUAAAGUACCUGUUACCAAGCAUGUUUUUGCUACUUAUGCAGAUGUUUGUGCGAAAAUUGCAGAGCACGAAAUGUUGCACACAGUGCAUUAUGUUGUAACUUGUACAGGUAGCAUGGAAAAGAACUAUGAAGAAUUGUUCAAGAAAGAACACAAGUUGUUUUAUGAGGACAAAGAUUUUUCCUACACAGGAGUACCAUUCAUUGUGUCAACACGAGCAACACUCGACUGUCAGCAUGGAAAAGACAGAAAUAUUAAAAAAAAGGCUCAGUACAGGAUAAAGAAAGAUAUUGAAGCUAGUACAGAUCAUUAUUGCCGAAAAAAUAGAGUCAUUUUGCAGGAUACCAAAAAAUUUGAUUGUCCUGCCAUGGUCUAUAUAAAAGAAAUUAUUGAAUUUCCAGAGUUUAAGGUUUCUAAAAAUACAGUACGGUUAAGAAAGGAAACAUCAAAAAAACUCCGUUUAGCUUUAGUUGACCCUGAAAUUUUACUUAAGUGCAGAAAGUAUAUCCUAGUAUUGCCUGAUAUUUCUGUUCAUAAGAAUCAUGCAGUAGGUGAUAAUGCAGGUAUCAGUCAGCCCAUUUCUGAAAAUAUCAUAGUAAAAAUUGCUGAUCUAGUAAAAAAAGGUGUUAACACUGUAUCGGAAAUGAGACGACAUCUUGAGUUUUUUGUUCAAGCAGAAUUUACUGCCAAUAAUAAUCUACAAAGCGCAAACAAACGUUACUUUCCAAUAGAUGAGACCAUUCGAAAUCAUAUGCUAAAUGCGAGAAGAAAACUUCGCAGAUCGUUGAUAGAUCAAGAAUGUUUGCAUGAUAAAAUAAGUGAAUGGCAAAUAAUUUUCCAAGAAGCAAUGAUAAAGUUUAGACCAAAAGGUGUAAACAUGGUUGAUGAUCCAGAGCUUAAGGAUUCAUUGUUAUUUAUCUAUCAAGAUGUUUGGCAGAAAAGAUUACUCUUGCGAUACGGAAAUGAGCUAAUUUUUCUUGAUGCAACAUACCGCACAACUAGGUAUGCUCUCCCACUUUUUUUUCUGGUUGUUAAAACAAACAUUGAUUAUCAGGUUGUUGCCAUUUUUGUUUGUGAAAAUGAAACCACAUCUGCUAUCACAGAAGCACUAUUAUGCAUUAAAGAAUGGAACCCUACAUUUCAGCCAAAGUUUUGUUUAAUUACUCAAAUGAAGAGAUAAGGUCAUUAGAGUCGGUCUUUCCAGGCUGUAAUGUUUUGAUAUGCGACUUUCAUCGAGAGCAAGCUUGGGAGAGAUGGCUUUCCAAAACCUCUAAUGGAUGUUGUAUUGUUAAAGAUGCAAUUAAGGUAAAAUUGCAUAAAAUUGCUCAUGCAACUACAGAAGAAAUUUGCCAAAAUGCUGUUAAAGCGUUAAAAGAUUCUGAAGAGUGGAAAAAUAACCCAAAACUAGCUGAAUAUUUAAACACUACUUGGUUAUGUAACCAAAAGCAUUAAUUUUCUUAUUUAGAGAUGGGUAUUUGCUUUUCGGCAACAACGCUUAUUGCGAAAUAUUAAUACUAACAAUGGCACUGAAAGACAAAACCAAUCUUUAAAAUAUAGUUUUUUGGAAA